ACAUUUGAAGCAUCUUUAUCUGUUAAUGUACAACAUGGGAAGUUUUUACCUCGCAAAUAUAUUCAAAAUUGAGCGAAAUUUGAAAGCAAAUACAUGGAAGGAAGAAAGAAAAAAACUAGCUGUAGCUUAUCUGAAUAAUGAAGACAAUAUUAGAAGCAAUCGUGAUGAAUGUCGUAUGAUGGUUUGAUGCAUAUUCCUUAAUGCAAAUAUUUCGGAUUCGUAAGAGUUAAAAUUUACAUUGCUAACUUACGUUACUAUUAUUUUUAAUGAAUUAAUUAUUAAAAUGAUAAUUUCGUACUUAAUAAUGAUAC